CUGCCACCCCCUCGAAGCCAUUCCCCUUCGUCGCCCUGUGCUAUACUCCCCGAAAAUCCUUAUUUCUUGUUAGCGAUAGAGCACUGUAUGGCAAAUAACGCCGCCUCCCUCGUGCAUAGGCUCAACGCUCUCCUUGUUAAACUCCAAAUUCCCAUUAAUGUGGAAUUCCCUACCGACCUCACCCCCUCCCUACUUCUAGCCAUCCUCGAGUCUAUCCUCUCCGCGCGCAUACCCAUUGAGCCCGACCUCCGCCGCCGCCUCACUACCCAGCGCGACUUCGAUGCGAAGGUGCGAUGCAUGAAGCUCUUUCUCGGCGUGCUCGAGAGCGACGUGCUGAAGGUCGACGUGAACCUUGACAAGGUCGACCCGCGGAAGCUCGCGCGCGGCGACUGGGACGAGGUCGUCUACGUGGGCGAGUUGCUCUGCCAGAUCGGCGAGCUGCUCGGCUUGCUGCCACAGGGGGCGAAACGGGGGCUACCCAUGGCGCCUGCUUCGUCAACCUCGAACACGCCUACGAGCGCGCGGAGGACGCGGCGCGCGACGGUCAACACCUCGGCGUUGGCCUCGACGUCUAUGAACGACCGCAGCGCUUCCUCGGAUCCUGGGCCACAGCGAUCUUUUGCCAGUCUUACAAGCCCCAUACCAGGGACUUCUCGCGAGAGGCGAACGCGACGCUGCAUCCACGCCCUGCAAACGCCCGAACUCCUGUCAACCAGGAAACACCUUUUUGACACCUCCGCCUUGGCCGCGGAUGACUUCACCACCUGCAACUGCCCAGCAGCCGAUAUACCCCACCUAGCGCCCUCCAAGCGCUCGAAAUCCACCUCACCUCGCUCGACGGCCGUCGCCACGGCUCCCGUCCGGCGGAACGGCUACAUACAAAGCGUUGACGAGGAAGAGGAGCUUCACUCCUUUGAGUCAGCGCGCUCGACGACGAUAGGGGACGAGGACACCUCACGAUUUUCCUUCGAGCACGUAUCGAGCAUCCUCGCCAACUUGGACCUAGAGGAAGCGGAGCCCUGGUCGCACGCACGGACGCUGCAGCUCAAGCGCGAGCGAGCUCGAUUGCUCAGCGAACUUGCCAAGUAUGAAACGCCUCAAUGACUGUCAUGACUUAUACCUAUCUGCCGUGUUGUGCUUGCUUUUUUUGCUGUCGUAUUUACCUCGAAUCGUCGCUUGUGUUUACGGGAUUACGCUACGAUAUAUGUUCAUUUCGUAUAUGACUUGUGGUUGUCGUAUGAACAUCUAAUACCAGUCCUGCUAUUAGCAUGUCAAU